CAACAUUUCCUGUACUAUGGCUUCUACAAUCAUCCUUAUAACUGGCGCCAACUCCGGCAUCGGCCUCGCGAUAACCAAAGUGCUCGUGCGCUCAUCCACAACAACGCACGUCAUCCUCGCCAGCCGAAGCGACGAAAAAGCCCAGCAGGCCGUCUCAGAAAUCUCCGCCGAAGGACCCUACGAUGGAACCCUUUCCACCGUGACCAUAGACGUAACAGACCCACAAUCCAUCACCGCCGCCGCCACCCACAUCGAAGUCACAUACGGUCAUCUCGACGUGCUAAUCAACAACGCCGGCGUCAGCGGCAUGGGCAUCUCCGACACCCAAUCCCGGUUCCAAGCGUGUCUCGAAACCAAUGUCACCGGGCCCGCCCUCGUCUCUGAAGCCUUUCGCCCGCUACUGCUGAAAUCGUCCAACCCGUACUCCAUCUUCAUCGGGAGCGGGGAUAAGACGCUCACACGGAACGCGAUGACGCAGAAGGUCCCGCACGCGGCGCAUUUCAAGUCCGGGGACGCGUAUCAGAUCAGUAAGACGGCGUUGAAUAUGUUGGCCAUUAUGGAGGCGAGGGAUUAUGGGGAGCUGGGGUUAAAGGUCUUUGUUUUGGCGCCUGGAUUUAUGAGGAUUCCGUUGUAG